CGUUGUGCGGUGAAGUUGCGCCUUCGUUCUGAAAAUCUGAAAAUCUGAAAGUCCAGCAAAGAUACUCGGACUGUGCGGUGCAUCCUUUGGAGAUCCAGACUGCGAUCCAUUCAGCUCUAGCUUUUGACCCAACAAAUCAACACCAGCAAAAUGAGAGAAAUUGUCCAUCUGCAGGCCGGCCAGUGCGGCAACCAAAUCGGCGCUAAGUUCUGGGAGAUCAUUUCCGAGGAACAUGGCAUCGACAGCAAUGGCAUCUAUGUGGGCGACAGUGAUCUUCAGCUGGAGCGUGUUAGUGUCUACUACAACGAGGCAUCGGCAGUCACGCGGUCGUCGGGAGGCAAAUAUGUGCCAAGGGCCAUCCUGCUCGAUCUGGAGCCGGGAACCAUGGAGUCGGUGCGAUCGGGUCCCUACGGACAGCUCUUCCGGCCGGACAACUUUGUGUACGGACAGUCGGGAGCGGGCAACAACUGGGCCAAGGGUCACUACACCGAGGGCGCCGAACUGGUGGACAAUGUUCUGGAUGUGGUCCGCAAGGAGUGCGAGAACUGCGACUGCCUGCAGGGCUUCCAACUGACGCACUCGCUGGGCGGCGGAACUGGCUCCGGAAUGGGCACCCUGCUGAUCUCGAAGAUCCGCGAGGAGUACCCAGAUCGCAUAAUGAACACCUACUCGGUGGUGCCUUCUCCCAAAGUGUCCGACACGGUGGUGGAACCCUACAACGCCACCUUGUCGAUCCAUCAGCUGGUGGAGAACACAGACGAGACGUACUGCAUCGACAACGAGGCGCUGUAUGAUAUCUGUUUCAGGACCCUGAAGGUGUCGAACCCGAGCUACGGAGAUCUGAACCAUCUGGUCUCACUGACCAUGUCCGGCGUGACCACCUGCCUCCGUUUCCCCGGCCAACUGAAUGCCGAUCUUCGCAAGCUGGCGGUCAACAUGGUACCAUUCCCGCGUCUGCACUUCUUCAUGCCCGGAUUCGCUCCGCUCACCUCUCGGGGAUCUCAGCAGUACAGGGCUCUGACGGUUCCCGAGCUGACCCAGCAGAUGUUCGAUGCCAAGAACAUGAUGGCCGCCUGUGAUCCCCGACAUGGUCGCUACCUCACCGUGGCCGCCGUCUUCCGCGGUCGCAUGUCCAUGAAGGAGGUGGACGAGCAAAUGCUGGCCGUUCAGAACAAGAACAGUUCGUACUUCGUCGAAUGGAUCCCGAACAAUGUGAAGACGGCCGUCUGCGAUAUCCCGCCAAAGGGCCUGAAGAUGUCCUCGACGUUCAUCGGGAACACCACGGCCAUCCAGGAGCUGUUCAAGCGGAUCUCCGAGCAGUUCUCGGCCAUGUUCCGGCGCAAGGCCUUCUUGCAUUGGUACACCGGCGAGGGCAUGGACGAGAUGGAGUUCACCGAGGCGGAGAGCAACAUGAACGACCUGGUGUCCGAGUACCAGCAGUACCAGGAGGCCACCGCCGACGACGAGUUCGAUCCGGAUGUUAAUGAGCCGGAGGUCGAGGGCGAUUGUAUUUAAUGGUGUGGCCAGAGGAAUGAGGGGCGUGCGUGACGAAGGUCCGGGGGAUGUCCUGUUUCUGCGCGGCAUGCGGCACCAGCUGGCGGCCAAGCACUGCAGUAUCCUUUGACCCCGUCCCUACACACACACAGCCACAUUACACUACCAUACCACUACCAUAACAAGCAAACACACACACGGACAGGAGACAGGACACAAGCACAGACAGACAGGAAGGUCAAGCGUAGUUAGAACAUCAAACGGAAAUGUUCCAAAAGCUCAUGCUUCCUCUAUUCCCCAUCAUCCAUCCACCCAUCCAUCAUCUCUCAUCUCACAUCGCGCAUCUUCAUCUUUUUGUCCAUUUCGGACACUCUUCACCCUCCUAUACUCUAUAAACUAUAUACACUUUACACGGAGGCACGUCUAUCGCAUUUCUCGCAGCCAUUUUCACCCACUUUCCACUCUUUCACCUCUUUUCAUAACCCUUACUAUUAUCUCACAUCAUUUUUAUACAACUAUUUAUUAUUAUAUCGCAACGUCAGCAAGAAGGAACCACAAGUAUCUAGUAUUUCAAAAUAUAACGAAUUUAUACAGAAAUCUCGAGAAGUGUCCAACGUCCAGAAAGUUAGCACUCAAGACUCGGCAAUACCAUACAUUUAGAGCUAUAUACGAUACGAUGUACGAGCUUAUCCAAAGAUAAUCGAUUGACCACUCUCAUGAGAUCCUCUAAUAAAGGCAAUUUCUAAAAGCAUCCGCAAUUGUAUUUACAUAAUCUUAGGGCACAAUCUAUUCAUUUUGUAUUCGUGUGCAGUACUUUCUCUUGUAGUUUUAUUUGAAUAAAAAAUAUUUGUACCCAAAUAAAUGACUAAUAAUGGCAAACAUUUUUGACAAAUAAUAAAUGGAAUUUAUUUAAAAUUA